AUGCUCCCACAAAUGCCCCCCAACUUCUGCAUGGCGCUUGUGUGGCAUGGAGGAGAUGAAAUUAUUUUUAUAUAUUUUUUUUUCGGGCUCUCCAACUGUGUUUGGGCUUUAUUAUGUGAGUUGGACUCCUUUGCAGAUCAGAUUUCCAAUUGGUGUAGGCUUUUGACUAUUGUUGGAGUUGGAUUCCCAGUAGUAAUAAGCUUGCGAUCCCUCCUUGACCUGGGUUGUCCAACUUGUAUAAAUAUAGGGCUUUUCUUCACUCUUUCUCACAUCACAAACUUAACUUCUCUACCUUCUAGCUUGAGAAAGAUCUUAGAGAAUUUGUACUGCUUUGUUGAAGAGAGGAAUUACCGUGCAUCCAAACAAGGAGGUGGUCCAGCAUGGGUUGCAAGUUCGUGCAUAUGGUGA